CCUGUCAAUGUUAUUGUUUUCAGUACGUAUCGGCUAUGUUUAAUUUAAUAUACGCAGUCACGUCGCGACCUUCGAUCAAUUCAUUUGUCAGUCGUGAGUGAGUUCUACGUGCGAACGGAUGUCCGGAGUCUCGAAUCGAGUGAUAAACGAUGCCUUGAAAUAUUAAGAACAUGAAGUAUAGUCGCGUCGAAGUUCGUGUCGCACAACUUCAAUUUGUUGAAUUGCGUCACAGAUCAUAGCACACUUCAUAUGUAUCGCGGACAUCGAGAAUGAUGGACGUGAAUCCGUUGUUAUUUAUUCGAUUAAGUACAUAGUACGUGUCAUAAGUGUCGGGAAUGCCUUAUAAAGUGACGGGCGAUGGUUCUAUCGUAUUAUUUAAUGCGCAAAAUCGUAAUCGAUAGUACAUUAUCAAUGGACUUACAUCCGUGUGAACGAGUUUCCGAAACGAUGGAGCAACGGACGAGAAUAUGGCGGCGUUUUAUCGGCUGAUAAAUUUAGGCAUCCCAAUCGGAAUCUAUGCGGUAUCAGAAUCUUGAGAAAUUUCUAUGCGAAUUAUAAAGAGAGAAACAAAGAUACAAAUAUAAAAUAUGCGGAAAUGUCUUAUAAAUCAUGAGAUUGUAGCACGACCUACAUCAAAGAAAGAAACGGGUUGUAAAGAAACAAAGUAAGCUGACGCAUGAAAAGCUUGAUAAAAAUCACUCUACUCUAAUCGCUGUGAGAUCAACAAGGUGGAACGCGCCUUUGCGGAAAUAUUCACGAGUUUCGCGAGAUACCCCGAUUUCCCGGAUCAAACGAAAGAGAGAUUCGGAAGAUGGAGAAGACGAUGUGUAAUGUGUGAGAGAGCGAGAUCAAAAAUAAUAAGAGCGUGAUCGCGGCGAAGUGUAGCAUAUAUCCGCGGUAGUAGACGUUGACGGGAUUUCCCAGAGAAAAAGAGGAAUGUACGACGAUAUACUCCCACGCCUCCACUCGACGGCGGACGAACCCAGCCGAAGCGAGUAACCAUCACCCACUCAACCCCUACCGCCCGGCCAGCCAGCAGCGAGCUAACCACCCACCUGCGUUAGCCGCGGCCGCCGCUUUGCCGUAUUUAAAGCUCCGCUAGUAAAACAAUAAAUUGCGCUCGAGAGAACGGCAGAGUGAGAGGAUCGAGAAAAAGAGAUAGAGAAAGGAUGCGAGAGGAGAAAGAGAGAGAGAGAGAGAGAGAGAGAGAGAGAGAAGGGGAGACGAGAGAGUCUCGCGGCAUACUACCUAUAGCGCGGAGGAAAGCGGUUCCUGUCAGCAAUUGCCCCCCUCUUGUAAGAAAAAAUGGCAGCUGCCGUGGCUGGAUGGCGCGUACGAGACCAUAAUACCGCGCGCCACCCUACCUCGCUCUAUACGUGUGGACGUACGAGCGCGCGAGCGCGGCAGGCGGGGCGGUUCGUUACGGAAUUGGUGGGGCGGAAGAAGGGGGGAGAGAGAACGGAGGAGAAGGGACAAGGACGCGAGGAAGGGGAUGAGAGAGGGUAAAGGUAGACGGCGUGGAAAAAAGCGACGUGCGACGAAGAGAAACAAUCUGGGUGAGCAGCAGCCACGACGACCACGAUGAUGAUGACGAAGAUGAUGACGACGACGACGACUAGGACGACGGCUGCGACGACCACCACCAACAGAUCAAGAGAGAGAGAGAGAGAUAUUCCUUCUGUAGAUUACAUUCGAGCAUGUUUGUAUGUAUCGUCGGCCACCGCGGUUGGCAGUUUCGGUCUGACAUGGGCGCGACAGAAAGAGAGAAAGCGAACAGAGGCGAGAUAAAGAAGGACAAAGUAAUAACGUUUAGGGGAACCUCGAGGUGGGUUCCGCAAACGGGAGAGACCCUGCAGGCGGAGUUGGGUGCUGAUCCCAGAGGCGGAGCGUGUUGCGGAGAAACCGCCCAUCGACACCCGCUGGGUAUCAUCUCAUCUCGCUCCCGCUCUCACGUUUCCACCGUCCCUUUGACUCCGGCGUCCGCGACCAAGCUGCGAUAAUCGCGUGGCGGGUGGGGGCCGAAACGAAGAGGCGACCGGCGGUGGCGCGGGUCAGUCUCGGGCAACCCGGUCGGUCUGUCGUUCCCUGCUCUGUCCGCGCCACGUUUCGCCUCGCGCGCGGUUCCGAGUGAUAAACGACACAUCAAGCGCGCUUUCGCUUUUCGCGCGCGCGAUACAGAGAAGCGACUGUGUACUUACUCGCGACGACGUAACGUCUCGAGUCAUCCUCGCACUAUUGACAGAGUGUCUCUCCGGCGGUUACUCGUCGGCAUCUCGGAUCACGUUUGGUGACCGCUAAAUGUCACGUCUAGCAACUUACAAUUAGCAUCGUGUUUCGCAGUGUUGUGCUUCGAAAUCUAUCUGUCACCGAUCAGGACCGACCUGUCAAGUUUCGGUCGCGUGAUCAUUCGCGCAUUCGAAACCUCGCGCGUCGCGCGCUGUCAAUUUUCUCGCACGCAUGCACGCGCGUAUGCCGACGACGAGGAAUCGAAGUGAUUGUCGCCGGCGGAGGAGAUAAUGCCGAUGCCGUUUUAUCGGCGCUCGCGUAUCGAGGAUAGCUCGCAUCAUUUAUUGAACAGCGAUAAUCAGCGCCGCUAUCAUCGACAUUGUUAUCACGGCGCACGACGCCCGUAGCGACGUCGCGACGUCAAGCGAAUCCGCGUCGAGGCUCGUUUCGAUUAGUUCAUCGAUAGAUCCCACGUGGCCCAGGAAGCAGCGCGCGAGGUGAUGUUGCUGGAGUCGCGAGGCCUCACCGCUAGGAAGAGAAACGGAUUGACACUGACCUCGUUCGGCGACGGUGGCGGCGGAGGUGGCGGAGGCGGCGGCGGCGGCGGCGGCGGCGGUGGCGGUGGCGGAGGAGCCGGCAGUGAAGAGGACGACGAGGAAUCCCGACAUCACCUCUACCUGGGCAGAAAGAUGCAGGGCGAGGGCACCGCCGCCCCCACGGUACCCACCGGACUGUCUGGAUGUGCCGGUGACGAUGGUGACGAGAGCUCGAGCCCGUCGCCGAACAGCAGCCUCCUGAACAAUCUCAACAACAAUUGCAACUCGAAUCGGCAGUGCGCAACCGAUUUUAGUAUCGCCGCGAUUAUGGCGCGAGACUCGCGUCAGCAGCAGAUGCAACAGCAACAACAACAGCAACAGUCGCAUCAUCAUCGGCAUUCGCAGCAGCAGGCCGUCGGCGGCGGUAAACUACAUCAACACGAAAGGGAAGCGAGCGGUUCUGGAGUCGUCCGCGGCGCUCCGCCGGUUCCGGAGACGAUCAAUGCGGAGGACGAGCCGGAAACGGACGAUACCGGAAGCACAAGUGGGAAGGGCGCUUCGCCGAUCGUGAAUCCGCUACUUCAGGAGCGCUCAAAUUGCGAGGAACUGAAACAUGUGGCCUGUCACCUGGAGACCAAGGAUCUCUGGGACAAAUUCAACGAGCUUGGCACGGAGAUGAUCAUCACAAAGACUGGCAGGCGAAUGUUUCCGACAUGUCGCGUCUCAUUUAACGGACUGAAGGCGGACAGUCGAUACGCGGUCCUGAUGGACAUCGUGCCGGUUGACAACAAGAGGUAUCGAUACGCAUAUCAUAGGAGCUGCUGGUUGGUGGCCGGAAAGGCGGAUCCGCCGGCGCCAGCCCGGCUCUACGUCCAUCCGGAUUCACCUUUCACAGGCGAGCAGCUCCGAAAGCAGGUCGUCUCCUUCGAGAAAGUCAAGCUCACCAACAAUGAUAUGGACAGACAUGGGCACCUGGUGCUGAACUCGAUGCACAAGUACCAGCCGAGGAUCCACCUGGUGAAGCGGCCGGACUCGAGCACGGCGAAGCCGAUCGUGGACCUGGAAAAGGAGCCGCACAAGACCUUCAUAUUCCCGGAGGCCAUAUUCACCGCUGUCACCGCCUAUCAGAAUCAGCUCAUCACGAAGCUCAAGAUCGAUAGUAAUCCGUUCGCCAAGGGCUUUCGAGAUUCUUCUCGUCUUACUGACUUUGAGAGUUUCCCUUUUAGGGAGACGAUGGAAUCCAUGUUAGCGGAGCAACAGUCGUUGAGGUUUCCGCAUCGGUUGCCUUUCGAAAUGGAGCAGCUCCAGGCGGGCGCAGUGAGCAACCUUAGUCUGGAGGAGAAGGCAUUAUGGGCUGCGCGUUCCCAGAUGUUGUUAAGGGCGGCGGCGGCCGUGGCCGUCAGUCCCUACGCUCAGUUGGUGAGUCCGGCUUUGGUCUAUCCUGGCGCACCGACGGCUGGUACCAGCCAUCAACAGCAGCAACAACAACAGCAGCAUCAACAGCAACAACAACAGCAGCAGCUCGGUCAUCUGUGGUGGGCCUCGUCAAUUGGUCCGACUCUGUUCGCAGCGGCGCACCAUCAGCAGCAGUUAGCCGCCACCAGCUCCCAGCAGAAUCCCACGUGUCCCGCGGCUCCACGGCCCCUCUAUCCGUCGCCGCUCGCCUUGGCUCAUCAUCGAUUCUCACCCUAUCAUACGAUCGCCCCCAAGUCCUCGACGCCGGCCGUGCCGUCGCCGUCGCCGUCCAGAAGGGCCACCCCGUCGCCCACGGAUAGUCUCAGCAGGGAGGCUCAGGACCUGUCGCCCUCGUAGUCGCCGGCUUUCUCGUAACCUUAGACAAGUACUGGUAACGUGAUUUAAUGGAAAAAGGUUUGAGACUUUUUACUAAGGCUCCGCGAUGAAAGAAACCGAAUUUUCGAAUAUGAAGGGUUUCGAUAAAUUGAAUGAAUUUUUUUUUUUUUUUUUUAUGGAGAAACGUGCAAUUCCUUCUCACGAUGAAAGUGAGCUCUUCUCGAUUGAGACUGAAGCGUGAUUGAUUCGUAUCGCUUUGCAAUAUUCUUCUCUCACGGAGAAACUUUACGCGCGGUGAGAAUCGAUUUCCAUCGUGUCACAUGUUCAACCGAAAUUAUUUCUUUCCUUUUCUUUGUUUUUAGAUUUCUAAAAUAUAAGUAUGUUCAAUUCUAUAAAAUUAGUUACAGCAUUCUUUUUCAGAAGAAUGUAAAAGUGCAAUACUUAAUAUCAAAUUAAUAUUAAUAAUUUAUUAAUUAUUAUACUCUUUCUUAUCUUUAUAAUUUUUUUAAGGAGCCGGUCUCCAUUCCGCUAGAGAUGAAUACAUAAUAGUUGUAUUGAAAAAAUUUUGAUAUUGUACAUGCAAAGGGAGAUAAAUUGUUAUAAAAUAUUUGCGCAAGGGAAAUCGAUUUUCGUCGCGCGUGUCACGCAUCGCGCACAGCGUCGGAAGGAUAUCUCGUAGCCGUAGUAUUGACGAUACUCGCGGAACCCGCGGCGUGAAUAGCGACGAUGAUUGUGGUGUCAGAAAUUGUUCUCGACCGCGCAGUUGAAUUGCUCUCCGUCUUUCUGCCGCGCCGCGAAAGAAACGCGGGAAAAGAAACAUAAAGCUCACGCUCUCCGAGAGUCUGAAUACACCACCGCCUCUCUCGGUUCUGAACUCUCGACCUUUGGUGAGCAUAGUGGCAAGCGCGGAGGACUCGAGUCGUCUCACGUGACUCGACGAUUCCGUUGUCUUUCGAUCGGAGCUUGGGACCGAGAGGGGCCCCGACCUGUGUAUAUCCUUGCCUCGAUCAGCGAUAGGAAGCGAUAGGGUCGCCGCGAUCCUGGUAAUCAAGAUACACCUAUGGAUACACUUUCAAAAGGAAACGAUAUCAUUACAAAAAAUCUGUUGCACUUGCAGAGGACGCGCCGAAAGAUACCGUAUUGUACAUUUAAGUUCAAUUCUUAUUCUACAUUUUUCACAUCGAUUCUUAUGGCAAUUCUUAAAGGAAAAAGCAAACCAUGAAAGGAGAUAUUCAAUUAUAUAAUUCGACGUAGAUAUUUUCAUAGAUAUUUUUAGAAUAAUUUUUGUUAUACAAACAUGUUUGAUAUACAUAUAUAUUUUCCAAAAUCGUUUCUUUUUAGUUUUGUAUUUUUUUAUACGCAAAUAACAUCGUGCGUUCUUUCGAAAUUGUGCGAACGGCGGCAUUUAGCGAAAUGCUGCACGCGAAUGAAGAAUACGCGAAUAUUGUAAAUAUGUAACCAUCUUGGUUGUCAAGACGGCAUAAUUUCCGUACAUGAUACACGUAUAUACAAUCUUUAAGGGUAACUAAGUUGUACGGCGAUUAAAGUCUACUGUAUAUAGGUAUACAUAUAUGUAUACUUGCGACGUAAGGUAUAACUACGCCUCUAUCUCUUGUAACAUAAGCUGUAUAUUUCGUAUCACGAACCUAUUGUUAUCGUUAUUUAUGUUUCGAUUCCGUAUUUCGGCGCGAAGAAGCGCGAAGUGAACGGAAGAGUGAAUAAUCUGCGAUUUCAAGGUGAAAUCGGAGUUUUCAAGAACUCGAGCAUCCGACACUUCGCGCCUUCUCCGCGAGCACCUUAAAGGGUUAUUAUCGCCGCGGCGAUUAGUUAGUUAGUGUAGAGCGUUAUAUUGUUAAUGCUUGUGUUGUGAAGAACGCAUACACCCAUUGCUGUGCAAGCUGCUCCCUUGUAAAUAAACCCUAAUAAACUCUUGUACCGAGCGUACCGUUCCGAAUA